AUUAUUAGUGGAGGUCAAAGUCUAGGGAGGCGUGUCGGCUUUUACCCACGUGGCAGAGAUUUAUAACAAAGUACUUGUAUUUGUUGAGAAUGGAUUCUCCUCUGAGAGAUGACAUUGACAACUAUCACUUGUCCAGAGAGAAGAUACUACUGGACCAGGCUGACCUCUCUGAGGAUGACUCUAUGGAUGACCUCAGUGAGGAGGAGGUGGAGGUGCUACCACUGGAGGAUAAUGAUGACACUGAACUAUUCUAUGUAAGUGGGUCCGAGAGUGAGGGGUCAGAGGUCAGUGAGCUGGGAACUAAGGCGUGGGGAUCGUCCAAGAAAGCAUUCUACAGUCAACGGGAAGUGGGUGUGGUCUCCAGCGAUGAUGCUGACGAGUACGAGGAGAGGGAAGCAGUAGAACUGCAGGAGAGAAUGGCAGCCACACUAUCUGAGGCAGACUUCCUCUCCAUACAGUCCCUGGGGCCGCUGGAGACCAGUAAGGAAGUGGAGGAGGCGGUGAUGGUGGACCUAUCACAGCUCCCAGACGAGGAGAAACUAAAAUUCCUAGAGAAAACUAGUCCAGAGUUGCAGCCAUUGAUUGCAUCACUGCGGACCAGUGUUGCUAUGGUAACCACUCUCUUACCAUUAUUGGAGACUGCCUUGAAUGAUAAAGUGAGGGAGCUAUCUGAGCUGAAGCUGCACAUCAAUUUUUGCUUUUGUGUGAACGCCAUGUUCUACCUUCUGUUGAAGGCCUCUAAAGAGACGGCUUCCUCUCACCCUGUGUUCAGUAGACUGCUCUCUCUCAAGCAACUGCUCAGUCAAGUGGAGGCCAUACAACCACCAGAUACUGUGGAUGAUGAUGAGGAUCGUCCCUCAAUAACUGCUGACAAUGCUGAUCAUGCUCCGUCAAUAGAGGACCCACUAGCUUACUAUGAGAGAAUGAGAGAUAGCAAACGACGUAAAAAGGAUCCAGUUACAGAGCUCCAGCCGAUACAAGAGUUUGAGGAUGGUGGUGAUAAAAGACCCAUCACUUAUCAGAUCUCCCGUAACAAAGGACUAACUCCGCGGAGGAGCAAGGAGCAGAGGAACCCUCGUGUCAAGCAUAGGAAGAGAUUCAAGAAAGCAGUGGAGAAGAGGAAGGGCCAAGUGCUCCCUGUUGUGAGUGAGAUGUCUCGAUAUGGUGGAGAGAGUACUGGCAUCAGAUCUAACCUGUCUAGAAGUGUUAAAAUUAAAUGAACAGAAUUGAGAUUUGUAAUUUGUACACAGAAUGAACAACUAGCUAAUGCUGUUAACUAUCUUUACCUGUCUAUCAUCUCCACAUGUGCUGUGCUCGCUGUAGACACAUGCUUUAUUACCUCUAACCUGCUGACUAAA